UCGACAACAGACGUUGCCACCUGCUGCCUAUAUAAACAGCCAUCCAGCAGCCGUCUAAAAUUCACAUCUGCAAUCACUUAAGACUUUCAGAGAACACAUCUACAUUGAUAUACAACUCAAACAAACUACAAUCAUGGCUUGCAACUGCUCCCUUGAAAAGAACAUUGCUUGCUGCUCUACCAGCGAGGCUCAAGAUAAGUGCACUUGCCAGAAGGGUAAAUGCGAAUGCGAAGCCUGCCCAAAUUCCACCAAGACUUCCGAGUCUGGCGCUUGCAACUGUGGCGACAAGGAAAAGGUCAGCACUUGCGGCUGCAAUGGAUCUGGUGAGGCUUGCACAUGUCCUCCCGGUCAAUGUGCCUGUGACAAAUGCUCUAAAAAGGCCAAGAGCGUGAGCACUUGCGGGUGCGGUGGAUCUGGCGCGGCCUGCUCUUGUCCGCCUGGCGAGUGUGCAUGCGACAGCUGCCCCAACCAGGCAAAAGAGAAAGUCAGCUCCUGCGAUUGCAGCGGGUCUGGCACUGCCUGAUGUUUUUUUCCAGACCAAUACUUCUAGGAUAAUUGUCCGACCAACGCCAAAUGAACUCAGGGGAGCAUGGAUCUGUCUGUUUUACAUGUGCAUUAGUCGCUAAUCAUGGUGGGGGG